UCGUCAGCCGUCACCGUUUUUAAAUAUCGAUAUACAAUGUCAACAAAGCAAAAAAUUUGUAAAUUUGGAGAAUGUUGGCAAUAAACGCAAAUAACAAUUGAUAAGAUCAUGGAAUCAAGGUGUAUAUUACCCAAGCUGCAAGCGGACAAUAACAAAGGCGCACUGGCCGCCCUCGUCUGCAAUGGUAACUCGAAGAGGCGUCAAUCCGACCGACGCUUCUAUUGCCGGUCGUGUUUGUUGGCCUUUCCGCGCUUCGUUACCUGCAAGGCACACGAACAGCUAUGCGAUGCUCGCAUUGCCCGGCUGCACAUGUGCCGAUACUGCCUAACCCUGUACGGGGACGAGGAGCUGCGCCAGCGGCACAUGCAGCGGAAACACGCCGAUGGACGCUACAUGUGCCUGCAAUGCGGUACAGCGGGCAAGCGGUACAGUUCACCGGUAUUUCUGUACAAGCACGUCGUGUCGUGGCACGGCGAACACUCGCUUUUCUACUGUGCCAUGUGUGCGGACAACUGCAACGAUGCCAAGGCGUUCAGCUCGAUGAGCGGACUGCUGGCGCAUACGGAGAGCGAGCAUCAGCUGGAGAGCGAUGUGUGUGCGAGUGUUGUUGACGAGACGGAGGAUCUGGAGAUGCUCGAGGAGAACAUUGAUGAGUUUCUGCCAAUGCUCGACUGGGACGAUGAUCUGACGUUCGGCUGGCCAAUGGAUCUGGCCAAAGAGGAGUGCAUUGCCGAUCCGAAGCCCAAAGCCAGCACCUAUGUGUGUCCCAUUUGUGCCAACGGCUUCACCGGCAGCAUCAGUCUCCUCAAUCACAUCGAGCAAUCGCAUCAGCGCAAUCCCCUCGACUGCAUCUUCUGCGACAAAUCUCACAAGAAUCGCGAGUCCAUUCGGGCUCAUCUCCAGCGACAACAUGUGCUCCUAAGAGCCCACAUCUGUGCGGUGUGCAAGGCGGACUUUACCACCGCCGAUCAUCUGCGGAAGCAUGUUAGGAGUCAGCACCGGGAGCGGGAACACGUCUGUCCAGAGUGCGGCAAAUCAUUUGCCCAAAUCUGUCAUCUAACAGAGCACAUGUUGUCCGAGAGGAAUCACAUCAAACACAUCUGCAGUCUCUGCAACACACAAUUCUUUCGAUCCAUCGAUCUCAACCGCCACAUUCAACUGCAGCACUCCACAAACUCUUAAACGACAACAGCAACGUCAACGAGAUAACAGCAGCGUCGACAACCAUUAACAUUGGUUCAACAGUAAACGCAAAUU